GACGGCCGUGUUAGUGCGCAUUAGUGCGUGUGCCGAUCAUAGUGGACAGCACCGACAGCACGGAGUAUAGUUUGAGUUUACUUGCCAAACGUGUAUCUAUGAUUGCUCAAGUUUGUAUACUCGUGCCGUCGUCGCUGUUACAUUACAAUAAUUUUCGCGGAAUAUCGAACCCCGACGGAAAUACGAAGUAUCGGGAUAGUGUACACAAGUGCGCAUUAACUGAGUUAUGGGGGACGCAGCGAUGAACGUCGCAGCGUCCGGUGGCGGCGGUCAGCGUGUCGUUAAAGAAGGCUGGCUGCAAAAACGCGGUGAGCAUAUAAAGAACUGGAGGUCGAGGUAUUUUGUUUUACGGGAUGAUGGUACUUUGGUUGGUUUCAAAGCUAAGCCAGAUCAACAAAUGGCAGCUGCGGCACAACCAUUGAAUAAUUUUACAGUUCGUGGUUGCCAAAUUAUGUCUGUAGAUAGACCUAAGCCUUACACUUUUGUCAUAAGAGGUUUACAAUGGGCUGCUGUAAUAGAAAGGACAUUUCAUGUAGAAACUGAACAAGAAAGGGAAGAUUGGGUUGCAGCGAUCAGGUAUGUUGCUGCCAGACUAGCGAGUGAAAAACAAUCCCCACAGCAAUCUUCACAAAUGCAACAUUCAUCUUCAUCUGAAGAUGUUGAUAUGGAAUCCUCAGGAGGUAGAUCAGAUUCGUGUGGAUCUGUUGGAGUAAUGUCUACAGAUACGGAUGGUGGCAGUAUUGAUGAAUUAUCUGCCAAAUUUAGUGUUCAAGGAACUUCAAGUAGUAAAAGUACAGGGAAGAAGAAAGUAACUCUUGAAAACUUUGAAUUUUUAAAAGUUUUGGGUAAAGGUACAUUUGGGAAAGUAAUUCUUUGUAGAGAAAAGGCGACAGGGCACUUAUACGCUAUCAAAAUAUUACGAAAAGAAGUUAUUAUUCGUAAAGAUGAAGUUGCGCACACACUUACAGAGAAUAGAGUACUUCGAACUACGAAUCACCCGUUCCUAAUUUCUUUAAAAUAUAGUUUUCAAACAGCAGAUAGGCUGUGCUUUGUAAUGGAGUACGUAAAUGGCGGAGAAUUAUUCUUUCAUUUGAGACGUUCCCGCGUAUUUGGCGAAGAUCGUACUCGAUUCUACGGCGCUGAAAUCAUUUCAGCUUUAGGGUACCUUCAUUCACAGGGUAUAAUUUAUCGGGACCUCAAAUUAGAGAACCUGCUGUUAGAUAAAGAUGGGCAUAUUAAAAUUGCUGACUUCGGAUUGUGUAAAGAAGAUAUAACUUACGGGAGAACGACAAAAACGUUUUGCGGGACGCCUGAAUACCUUGCCCCCGAGGUGUUAGAAGAUAAUGAUUAUGGUCGAGCAGUGGAUUGGUGGGGUGUUGGUGUUGUUAUGUAUGAAAUGAUCUGUGGUCGAUUACCUUUUUAUAACAAAGACCAUGAGAAGCUUUUCACGCUGAUUGUAAUGGAAGAAGUAAGAUUUCCUAGGAUGAUUAGUAACGAAGCAAAAGACAUGCUUGGUGGAUUACUUGUUAAAGAUCCAAGCAAAAGAUUGGGCGGCGGACCUAAUGACGCAAAAGAAAUUAUGGAUCAUGCAUUUUUCUCGUCGAUCGAUUGGUCGGAUCUUGUACAGAAAAAAAUUCCUCCUCCCUUUAAACCUCAAGUAACAUCUGACACGGAUACCCGAUAUUUUGAUAGCGAAUUCACAGGUGAAAGUGUUGAACUUACUCCGCCUGAUCAAGGCUUUUUAGGUAGUGGGGGUGGUUUGAAUUCUAUAGCCGAAGAACAAGAACAUUUUCCCCAAUUUUCCUAUCAGGAAAGUCACUCAGCAGCAACUUCUUCCAUUGUUUCUAUUAAUCACUGACAGUAUCAAACAUUUCCUUUGUUUAUAUAUUGAGAUAUAUGGAUAAAUGCAUGAAAAAAGUCAGAGACAUUCGAUUAUGACAAGUAUUUGCUGUUUGUCUACCAAUUUGGAAGAAUUUUUUUGACGGAGAUAAGUCAAAAUAUCAGUUUUCGCUAAUUUACGAUGCUUUUUUGUGCAUCAUUAAAAGGUUUUAACACAUAUCUCCAAUGGCAGAUUCGGAUGUAUGAGUGCACAUGAGCACGCAUGCAUGCAGUCAAUGAAAUUGUAUAUGAAAAAUUGUGUAUUAAAGGAUCCAGUUGAAUUAAUACUAUUUAUACCUGCUGAGUAGGUUCGCGGCGAUAUAACGGGGAUUUAAUUUUUGUUCAGAAAUGAACAUAUUAAGAAGAAUGAAAAUUAAGUUAACUGUGUUAUGUUAUAAAGAGUUGGAUAUUUCUUCUCUGUGUGGAAGAACGGUAUUUCAUAUUUGGUAUACGUAGUUACUGUUCUUUCAUUAACAAAGCUGGUAUUUGACA